CGCAGUACUUUAAGAAAAACGCUUCACUGUUCAGCGCACUGACUAUUCAUGAUUUAACGUUAAACAUGAAGUUUUUAUGACACAACAAACAUUACGACAUAUUCUGAUAUUUUUUGUAGUAGUGAUGUAGUUCAUGUUUGUUGUUUCUAUGGCGCUCACUAGCGCCCUUUGUAAUACUUGAGGUGUGGUUUGUAUCGCGCCCUAUUGCGCGCGCGCUAAAUGAUGUUGCAGGUUUAGUGAAAGUCUCUCGGACCCGGGACACGCAAACACUCAUUUACAGGGAGCCAUGGGUUUGUUGGAGCAAUGUGCAGAGCUGUUUAAUACGUCCAACCUUUACGAGGUGCUCUGUGUGGCGAGGGAGGCGUCGAACGCGGAGCUACGGCGUGGUUAUUAUAAACUCUCCCUGCAGGUUCACCCAGACCGUGCGCCCGGAGAUCAACAGGCCACCGAAAAGUUUCAGGUACUAGGAAAAGUGUAUGCUGUGUUGAGUGACAAGGAGCAGAGAGCUCAAUAUGAUGAGCAGGGUGUAGUGGAUGAUGAGUCGGAUUCCCUCAACCAAGAACGUAACUGGGAAGAACAUUGGAGAAGGCUGUUUCCAAAAAUAACUGUGCAGGACCUCAUUGACUUUGAGAAACAAUAUAAGGGCUCGGAUGAAGAGAAGCAGGACUUAAAGAGGCUCUACCUGCUGCACGAGGGAGACAUGGACCGCAUUAUGGAGUCAGCGUUGUGCUGUAGUCAUGAUGACGAGCCUCGUGUGCGGGACAUCCUGCAAAAAGCAGUGGAUGCUAAAGACGUGCCAGGAUACAGAGUCUUUACUCAUGAAAGCGCCAAGAAAAAGGCCACUCGCAGGAGGAAGGCAGAAAAGGAGCAGCAGGAAGCAGAGGAGCUCCAAAAAGAGAUGGGGCUGAAUACAGAGGAUAGCCUAGUGGCCAUGAUCCAGCAAAGACAGAAGUCCAAAGAAAAAGACUUUAACUCGUUCCUCUCAGAUUUGGAAGCCAAAUACUGCAAGAAGUCUUCCAAGGGCAAAAAGGCAAAGAAAAACUGAAACUGUUACGAUGUACAUAUUAAACAGGACAUAGCUUUUGUUGAAUGUUGUUUUUUUUUCCCUCUUACUUCUUCAUAUAAGACAGUCUUGUAGCUUUUUUUCUUCACUCGUAGUUGGUGAUGCAGUAAUUCCAUAUUGCAGAUCUAUAGCACUAAAUUAAAUCCGCUUCUGAUUCGCUGUGUUGAGUUAUAAAUUAUCAUCAUUGACACAACUGAUGUUAUCUAAGAUAAUUUGACUUUUGCAUGUCAGCAUCUUAAUGAAAAUGCUUUCAAAUUAUGCCUGCGGUGUUAAAUGUUAGUGAAAGGCGGGCGCAGUUACUGUCAGGGCUUUAGUAUUAGAUCAUUAGAGAUCUGCUAUGGAUGGAGUCGUGUGAAAUCCGUAGGGUUUGUGGGGUGUCUUUAUUAUCUACGAACAGCUGUACAACAUGUAAACCCUCAAGAAAUUAUUCAGGUACUUACAUGUUACUAUUGUAACUUAAUUAUGUACAAAUAAAACAGUAACUAUAUUAAAUGUGUAUAAUUCAGUCGAUAAACAAAGGCAAGUGUGUAACGCCAAAACAUUAAUUUGUAUUUCUGUCCAGUAUGGAUGCUAUUUUAAGUUGGUUCUAAAUGUUCCUAUUUUUCUUUAUCAAUUCUUUAUUCACUUUUUGUGGCACUUGUGUUUAUUGUUUUAGACAAUGUCUAAAUGUAAUAAAGGUAACUUUUUCUUUGAAA